GGUAAACAGAGAGCUUUAGCAUUAUGGCAAUCAACCUUAACAGAUAAUACUUCCCAGUGGCAUGAAACUAAAAUUGCUGGAAAAAAGUUUCGGCUAAAUCAUGUUGCCGUUGGCAAUAAUUUAGCUAACAUGGCCACUGUUCCAUUACCAGCUAGAGCUACUGGAGCUCUUAUUAUCCCAGCGCAUGAUGUACAUACAGAUGAAGAUUGGUCUUAUGCUGGAGAUACGCUCCAAGAAUUGUAUUUAUGGAGAACUACUUACACCACAGAAGUUCGAAAGCAACAGGAAUUAAUUUUUGGCAAUCUGAUACAAAAUAAUCUUCUGAUUAGAGAAUACUAUAGAAAAUUAUGCAAGUAUGCAAAAUUAGCACAAAUUGGUGAUCACGAAAAAAGAAUGCAAUUUCUUCGUGGAUUAAAUCCUGAAAAUAAGUUAGAAGUCAAACGCUUAGGACUAAAUAGAGCAUUAAAUAAUAACUUGAUCGAAAAUUUGGAAGAAAUUGAAAAAGAAAAGAGUGAAAUGCUUUUGGGUGAGAAUAUCUAUAACCAACUAAUAGCUCAAAAGGCUUCGAUAAAUCAGGGCAUUACUACCGCAGAUGUUGAAAAAAUUAUUAAUGCUCGAAUCCAAGCAUUGCUACAAGAACAAAUAACCCAAUCAAAUCAAUUAC